AUGCCCAUUCUACAAAGCUUAAUAUAUCCGCUGUGUUUUACCUCCUUGACCCCUGCGCAGGAAUUGGAACCUGGUCUGGAAAUGCCAGAAGCUCCUCCACGACGCAGGAAACGCGGAAGGCGGUCUAUGACGGGAUGCCGGACCUGCCGCGCGCGCCGGAUCAAAUGCGAUGAAGCGCCUACCAAAUGCAACAACUGUACCUCCACAGGACUGAAGUGCGAAGGCUAUGACUUGUGUCGCUUGCCCAUUAAGAGGAAGAGCCCGCUGGGACGUAUCCCAGAAGUGGAGCUGUGCCUGGCCUGGGUGCCGACCGCGGACGAGAGACGGUGCUUCUCCUACUUCCAAUAUCGUUCCAUCCCAAGCCUGGCCGGAUUCUUCGACUCCCAGUUAUGGCAGCAACUGGCUCUGCAGAUGAGUCGCGCUGACCCCGCCGUUUACCAUGCCGCCAAUGCGCUAAGUGCUCUCCACGAAGACUCGGAGACGACCAAGCUGUUGCUGGUAGGCGAAAACCUCCGUCGGCCUCUACAUCGGUUCGCGCUCGAACAGGCUAGCAGAUCGUUUGCCCUCCUCAACCGACGAUGCGCCUCUCAGGAUCCCGAGCGUGUUGAAAUCGUGCUGAUAUGUUGCCUGCUCUUUGUUCUCGCCGAAUUGCUAUUGGGACAGUAUACCAGAGCUCUGCAGCACUUGCGAGGUGGUCUCCGAAUACUAAAGGAGGCACAGAAUACCCAGAAACAGUGUAUCCCUCUUUGCGUUAUCCAGGCCUUCCGACAGUUGGACGUCCAAUCCGCGCAUUUUGGGUCUGGCCCAUUGCUAUUUGCGAACGACGGGCUCAAGGAACUGUCCGACGAGGACUUCCGCCGCCCCCUGCACAGAUUAGAAGAUGUACGACACAAUAUGAGUUCCUUGCUCCAUGCCGGUGUCCAUUUUCUCGCCAAUCGAUGGCGGCUUUCCAGUACCGAGGUCCAGACCAAUUACGGCAAGUUGUGCCUCAAGCAGCAGCGGAUCCUGUCUCUAUAUACUCGUUUCCACCACCAAUUCGAGACAUUUUACGAUCGGUAUUAUCCCAGCCUGAGUUAUAGGGCGCAACAGAGCGCGGAUAUUGUUCGACUACAAUAUCGUAGUCAGCUCGUCGCCGUUAAAACCUGUCUCAUGAAGAAACCUGUGCCUAAUGAUUUGAUCCCCGAAUAUGAGGCCCUACUAUUAGCCCAUGAGGCAUACAUGGCGAAGUUCUCGGAACGUCCGACCAUUACAUUGGAUUUAGGAAUUAUUCCAGGGCUCCACACGGUUGCGGUGAACUGCCCGCGAUAUCCCCUCAGGCUGAGAGCAAUCAAAGCCUUACUUGCCUGGCCUCAUUAUGAGGGCAUCAUUAGUUCGACCUUCGCAGCUUCCAUAGCCAUCGUUUCUCUAAAAGCUGAGUUGGAAGCCAAAGACCAGAAAGGUACAUCCUGUGUUAUCGGUGAAGCUGAAGAGAAACUUGCUCGGUACCUAUUUGAUACUGUGACGUCUACGCAGAACAUCCCGAACUGGACAACCGUUCGCGCUUCUCGAUUUUUAGAGCAUUAUAAGGAAACAAAACCAUCUCCUGUCCCUGAAAGUAACCAGAAAUCUGACACGCACCGGCAGAAGAAGUUGGUAUAUCGCUAG